AUGUCCAAUAUAGUUACUCGACCAGUAGUAUGUGCAGAUUACGAUGACCGUGUCUCUUCAUUAGCAGGAACCAUGAACGGAACUAUGGAAUCAAUUGCAAAUUCAAAUACGGACGGCAAGGGGAAACGUCCUCGGAUUGAAAACAGAGUUAAUUCUGACAAUGAAGACUGUGAAGAUUAUUGUGAGGAUGAUGUCCCAAAGACUAAGAGAAAGCGACCACGCCAUCCUACACAUCAGCCAGCAUAUAUUCUAUACUCAGCACAAGCUACACGCUCACCAUACCCUCAAUACUUGGCACAGGCUCUUCAGUCCACAUCACACUAUUGGUAUCAGGCACAAGCUCCCGACUUCUUCUCACCAUACCCUCAAUAUUGGGCACAGGCUUCCCAGUUCACAUCACUCUCUUGGUAUCCAGAACAAGCUCCCCAGUUUUUCUAUCCAUACUCUCAGCUUCCGACACAGGCUAACUCACCUCCCAUGAUGUACCAUGAAUUGCAUCAUCGUGCGGCACAAGCUAAUCAAUUCUCACCAUACCCUCAGCAUCCUACGCAAACCAUCCCACCCUCAAAGGAGCUCGUUGAUGAAGAAAGGAAGAACCAAGUUUUGAUCGCUCGGCUCGAACAGCGACUGGAAGCUCUCGAGGGUGACAAGAAGCCCCGGGAGCCCAUGAUGGAUGCGGUCAAAGAUAUGGAGGCGAGACAGCUUUCUGGUCAACUCUCGUCCUAUCUGGAUACCCGUAUGAAGCAUGCAGUUGAAGAAAGACUUAAACGACGAACUAGACAUCUGGACAUCCAUAGUUCCGAGACGACGGCGAGGGGAAUAAGUCUACCAGCCAAACGUGAUUAA